CUGCACAUGGUAUUGAAGUUACGUGGAGGAGGCGACGUUUGCACGACCUGCGGUACUGCACGUCCCUUCAGGCUAAAUUCAGACGACCUUGAUCCCAAAUACGAUUUCGACUUCAGUAACCUGAAAGAUGACGGCGAGACAUACAUGAGAGGAGGAUUCGUGUACCGUCGGCCGUACGGUUGGAAAAGAUUAGCGAUUAAAGUUGCUGGCAAGUACGAAAACGACGACUGGCUUGGCCCAGAUGGCAUACGCACCGCACAAGCGACAGGAGAAUGGCCCGUGUCUUACCAUGGUACGGAUAUCAUGCGUGCUAACCAGAUUGCAAAGGUGGGCUUUACACCUGGGCCGAGAGCUUUGUUUGGUAAAGGCAUCUACACGAGCCCCAGUCUUGAAAUGGUUGAAAAGCUUUAUGCGCACGAGUUCACGCAUGAGGGAAAAUCUUACAAAAUUGUUUUGCAGAAUCGUGUUAAUCCCAAUGGCCUUCAAGUCAUCCCUGCCUCACAGACAGGAGUUGGAGCUGAUUAUUGGUUGUCGCAAAGUGGAGACGAUGUUCGUGCAUAUGGUGUCCUUACCCGCGAGGUUAAAAAAUUUGACGAGUCACUGAAGGAGGCAUGGGUCUAACUUGAACUAUGUUACUGAUAAUAAUAACUCAUGUGUUUUACCUUAGCUAGCUCCAAACGAGAACAGAGAGACUCUUUAUAUAUUAGUCUAAGUUCGUCUUAUGAAUAUCUCCUACAAGGUAAUUGCAUGCUACUAACGGCUAAAUCUUGGCUUUUCUUUGGGUGUGUUUUUCUGAAUCCGUACUAUACCGGACGCAGACAGCUCAGGUUUCAGCUGUUUUCGAAUAGCUUCAUAUCAAGUCGACCUCGACCCAGUCUUAUCUCACUGCUAUAUAUUCAGCGCUGUUGAUGCCCGCAUCCUCGGAUAGAAACCUCAAACGUACGUCCCGUCUAAAAUAUUUUUGCUUUCUCAUAUAUUCUAUAUCAAAUAGAAGGAGGCUAGAAGAUGAUAUUCCUGUGGUUUCUGAGAAAAUAAUACACUUUCGAGGACUAAAAGCCAGAACUGCUAAAGGGCCUGCUAAAUGCACUCAAGUUUGGCUCGUGCGUCCGCCAGCAGUUUUUCUAGACCUCAAGCGCGCAUUAUUUUGUUAUAACAGUAAAUGCAAAUGUAAUGAUAUUUAAAAACACAUUACUGGUUUUCGUUAUAUUUGUUUUGCUCGUUUCGAGAUCUUUUGUUUAUGAAGGGUUUGCACCUUUGAACAUCUUCGAGAUUUUGCAAACUUGAAUACUGCUAAAAUCAAUUUAGUUUGACUGAAUUGGCGAAGGUAACAUGUUAAAAAUAAAGAUUAAACUGCCGUUAUAAAUCAUGUUCCUCGUGUUUUUAUAUCUCAUCAGUAUUCAGGAAGCACAUUUAGUUCAUUAUUUCACCCAUUCUUGGCCAUGAUUUUUCUCCGACAGAGGUUUUGUGACACAGUUCACAGC